AUGAGUACUAAUAGUGAUAAUGAUAAAAUUUUUCAAGAAGUUCAAAAAUUUGUCAAAAACUAUGACUUAAAUAAGGAUGGCAGUGUAACUUCAUUUGAUAUAUAUCGAUCAUUUUUAAAAAAAAUGGACGGUGAUAUUUUUAAGGCAUCACAGGCAGCUGGUGUUUUGUGUUCAACAGUUGAUAUGGACCAUGAUGGUAAAUUCACAUAUCAAGAAAUUGCUAAGUAUUGUGCAGACGAGGCAAAAAAAAAUGUUGAACAAAAUGCUGAGAUUGCUGCAUUGGCUGAUGUUGAAGCUAUGUUAUUAAGAUUUGAUAAAGAUAAGGAUAAAAAAUUAACCAAAACAGAAUUUGUUGAAUACUUUAAGGGAAAUGGCCAUACUCCAUACUCUGAUCGUGAUCAAGUUCUUAAAAUUAUUGACUUGGAUAAAGACGGAUGUGUUUCUGCAAAUGAAUUACAAGAAUGGUUCAAAAAAAGAAGAAUUGAUUACGCAAGAAUGGUUUCUGCAAGAGGUCCAAAUUGUUAA